AGACGAUAAGAAUCUAGCUAGCUCCCUCCUGCCAUCAUUCAUUUCUUUUCUUCCCCCCUCCCAAACCCAAGAUUCCUAAGCCAUUGAUAGAUAUUGGUCCACCGAGAUGAGAAGUUAGCCAUGGUGAUCGCCGCCGGAGACACCGGAGCGGGUGGCAGCGGGGGAGGGCCAGAAAGGCCGGUCGAGAUCGACGGCGCCGUUGCGCAUGUUGUGGUCGACGUCGACGGGACGACGGCUGGUCAGCAGCAGCAGGGUGGAACUGGGAGCGGCUGCAGAAUUUGCCACCUCGCGGACGGCGACCUGCCGGCGAAGAGCGGGAGCGGGCGGCUGGUGAACCUCGGCUGCGGCUGCCGGGGCGAGAUCGCGGCGGCGCACCGCCGGUGCGCCGAGGCGUGGUUCUCCGUGAGGGGCAACAGGCGCUGCGAGAUCUGCGGAGAGACCGCGGUGAACAUCACUGGAUGGGGCGGCGGGGGCAAGGAGUUCAUUCGGCAGUGGCAUGGGGCGGCGGGUGUGGACAGCGGAGGAUCGUCUAAGGGCAGCGGUUUCUGCAGAACAAAGACAUUCUGCAACCUCUUGAUCGCGUGCUUGAUCAUUGUGCUAAUCUUGUCGUGGUUCUUCCAUAAUCGUAUGGUUUGAGAUACGCCAGAAAUCAUUUGAUCUAUGAAACUGAAUCACGUCCCCCAACGAGUAUCUUGCUACGUGAUCACACUCGUUAUAUGGAAUUUGAGUCAAAAGGGCUCACUGGGUGGAGCAAGAUCAACUCUAA